UUUGAUAAACCGUCGCCAAUUCAGGCUCAAUCCUGGCCCAUUCUGACGCAACUUAAUAAUGGUCGUAAGCGUGAUAUCGUUGGAAUCGCUGAAACUGGGUCGGGAAAGACACUUGCAUUCGCUCUACCUGCGUUGUCGGCGAUGUCAGAAGAUACGUCGACACGAAAACGACGAUUGCCUCGCAUGCUGGUUCUGGCACCCACACGAGAACUUGCCAUGCAGUCGGAUGAAGUUCUGAAAGAAUUUGGCGCCGUCGUUAGCAUCAAAUCGUUGGUCGUUUAUGGGGGCGUUCCCAAGUACGAACAGAAAAACGAACUCAAAAAGGGAGUCGAUUGUGUCGUGGCCACCCCAGGCAGAAUCAAGGAUUUAAUUCAGGAACGUGCUUGCGAUUUAAGCGCCGUUGACUAUUUGGUGCUUGACGAGGCUGAUCGUAUGCUUGAUAUGGGAUUUGAAGAAGAUGUUCGCUUUAUUAUCUCCAACUGCAAAUCCAAGGAACAAGGUCGACAAACGGCAAUGUUUUCGGCGACUUGGCCUGCUGCGAUCCAAAAAAUAGCCAUGGAUUACAUGGUUGACCCAAUCCGCGUGUAUGUUGGCUUUGAAUCAAUAGUUGGUAGCAAUGGUGGAGGAGUUGACGAUUCGCUUUCCGCCAAUAAACGUGUAACGCAGAUUGUCGAAGUGGUUGAAGAUAGAGCGCGGGAUGCCCGCCUUCGUGACAUAUUGCGCAAGGUACAUAUGAAACGAGAUAACCGUGUUUUGGUCUUCGGCCUAUACAAGAAAGAGGCCGAGCGCUUGGAAUACUCUUUAAGAAAAGACGGCUGGGAUUGCUGCUCGAUCCACGGCAACAAAACUCAGGUUGCUCGAACGGCAGCACUAGCACAGUUCAAGGACGGUAGCUGUCCGCUCUUAAUCGCAACCGAUGUCGCCGCUCGAGGUUUGGAUAUCCCGAAUGUAGAGGCUGUCAUCAACUUCACUUUUCCGUUAACGAUUGAAGACUAUGUUCAUCGCAUUGGACGAACGGGACGCGCAGGGAAAACGGGGGUCAGCUAUACCUUUUUUCAGCCCGGCGACAAAUCGCACGCUGGCGAGCUUCAGCAGGUAAUGAAGCAAGCUGGUCAAGAAAUUCCAGAAGAUCUCAUGAAGUUUGGCAGUACAAUCAAGAAAAAAGAGCACAAGUUGUACGGGAAUUUUGGACCAUCUGGAGGUAUGGCAAUGAAAAAGGCGGUGAAGAUAACAUUCAACUCGGACGAAGAAUAG